AUAAUCAUCAUUUGGAUUAUCAGGGAUUCUGAUAGCGAACAGGCAGAAACGAACGUUGGAGAACUGAUGACAAAUAUAUUUGGUGAUGCUAGUGAUGAUGAUGAUGGUGAUGAUGAUGAAAAAGUUCUAUCUACCAAGGACAAAGUAAAUUUCAAUUUACUCCAGUUUGCAUAUACAUAUGUCUUUAUGCUUUUAAAGUAUGGUCUUGGUCCUGAAAGAUGUUUGUUAAGAAAAGAAUGGGAUUUUGAUAUAAUGUUACGCGAGAAAAAAGCAGAACGUCGUCGACCGAGAAGAAGACGGCAUGACGGUUCCAUCGAUGUGGGUGGCAUUUAUGAUGAUAAAAUUAAAUCUUUGAUGGAUGCCAUGAAAGUUGCAGCAAAAACUGAUAGAUCAUGCAACAUUGCCAGAAAACCUGCUGUGCAAAAACGUAUUUUAUUGCCUCAGGUUAAAGCGCUGUUGAUAAAAUACGAUUUAAUGGAGUAUAUUAUCGACAAUGGCAUGUUAAACAUUGUCGCCGAAUGGUUGGCACCGCUACCAGAUAAAUCUUUACCAGCCUUGGAAAUUAGAACAACGUUAUUGAAAAUUUUGCAAGAGUACAAUCGUCUUGAUCAAGGAAUAUUGAAGCAGUCAGGACUGGGAAAAGCUGUGAUGCUUCUUUACAAACAUCCAAAAGAAACGAAAGAAAAUAAAAUUCUGGCAGCUAAAUUAAUUAGUGAAUGGGCUAGACCGAUAUUUCAUUUGGAAACUGAUUUUCGUUCUAUGACUAAAGAAGAACGUAUUCAACGCGAUUAUGCACAGUUAUCUGCUGCGAAAAGGAAAAGCAUUAAAAAAAUCAAAAAGAUUCGCUCUCUUAGUAAUGAAGCAGACAAAAACAAUGAGCCUCGAGUUGGUGAAAAAGGUUUUAUUAUGCGAGCUCGUGUACCUCGUGUGUUGGGCAAAGAUUACGUUGUGAGGCCAAAAAACAAUGUUGAAGGACAAUUUCGAGGUGCAACGAAAAGUCGCGCAAACGAGCGAUUGGAUCGUGCACAAAGAGAAUUCAAUGCGAGGACGAAGCAGAAUAAAUUUCGUCGUGCGAUAGGAGUGAGUAUUGGCGGUCGGAACAUUGCCUUGUAA